GGGAGCGCGACCCUCCUGUUGGAACAUUUCACUGCCCUUCCGUUACAUCCACUCACUCCUUGUUCCUUAUGAACCUUAAACAAUACAAAGGAUGAAGUUCCGUAGUCUUCUGUAGCCGGGAACGCUACUCAAUCAUACUCCAUUUCUGAAAGUCAUUUUUAACAACUUGCUCAUCCUGCGGACCCACCGACCACCAAGCACCUGAAUUAUGCCUUAUAUGCACCUCAGCAUCCGAUCGUCAUACUUGUCAUAUAAUUCAGCACUUUCAGAAUAGAGGAAAAGCCUUUAUUCUUCACAUCUUUUCCUUCUUAAGGCGCACUGCACUGUACAUCACCAAUCGUCAAGAAUCUCUACCCCCCUGCACACCGCACAGCAGUUCUUUUCGCCCCUCCUCGAGCGACAUAAUUCCAUGCCGUCGAAGCUUCAUAUCCUUAGUCGCCGAGGAUGCGCCUAUCAUUCAGGUGAUACAAGCGGAAAAACUUUCGAUUCGACGGGCAAAGUAUGCUCGGCACUCACAUCGGAGGAACGCGUUCUUUUGGCAAUUGUCUUAAGCCUAUGUGCUUUUGUCCUGGUGAUCUUAGCUGGUAUCUAUGCCCGGCAAUAUAUUAAGGGAAAAUUCGAGGCAAAAGCAUCUACGUUAUCGACUAAGCGUCCUCCAAUGUCCGCUAUGAGAGCACCACUCAUAAUAGCCAUCGAUCCCCAAUCAACAACGUCUCUUUCCUUGUCUCCGUACAGCAGCGAAUCAGACGCGACCUCAUCUUGCCCUUCUUCACCCUACUCUGGUUAUUGCCAAAGCUCCCAUACAUUUCACUUCCCCCUUUUAUCAGCCGAUGGUCAUCUUCUUCCAGCACCCCCGGCUUCUGUCCGCCAGUCAGUCAAAGAGCUUCUCCCUGUUGACGAGCGCCCACUUCCUUCCCCGCCUCAGGCAAAACUUCAUCUGUAUUCUCCCCCUCUAGGAUCCCCACCUCACUGGACCUAUGAGCCUCUGCCAGAUUAUUUAUCGUCUAUGGGUGAUGAGCAAGGCAUACAGCCUAUUGGGCUUUAUCCUGGUAUAGAGAUGGAGCAUGCAAAUUAAAAACAAGGGAAGGCAAUGACAUUUCGUAGCAAUAUGCUCGCUUUUAUUAUUCUUACUACUCUGGACAAGAUUAGCAGCAAGAAUACGCGUUUCAGGUGCUAGCUCUUCAGAAAUAACAACCCAGAUGACAAUUUUACCCAAAAGCUAACUGCCAUGUUCAAUAUACGAUCAUUUCUAGUCAUAGGGUAUGCAGUACUCUUCCUGACAUGUGGAUCUUGACAUCAUUAUGAUGCCAUGCAUAAGCAGACAAGACGUGGUUAACUACUAUAUGUCCAAUGCACAAUAAUGCCACAAAACCGCCAGAAGAAUACGGGAAGAAUAAUGUACUACAGUCCAAGUGAGUGAUCCGGAAUUUACAACGGUGCAGAUGGGAUGAAAAAUAAGUUAGAUGCGACGCCUGUUACCGCAGCCGCAGCUGAGGUGAAAAGGGUCAGUAGGACGGGACCAAUCAUCUAGACAGUGCGUUUUGAGCUUCCAACUGAGAGAAUAGAUCCUGUUCGAUGUCAGGAAUAGCAAAUUUUUCAUAUGAACGUACCUCAGCUGUAUGAUUGCCUUCUGACAGUUCCGGUAGGCCAUUCUCCGAUAGUAUAAAGUUGACCAGUCGCUCCAUCUGAUAUUGUGUUAUUGGAGUAGAUCCUGGAGGAACAGCUGGAGCUAAAAAAAUUUAGCUGAGUUACAAUACUUUGACUAACCUCUUAUUCUUGGCUUUAGAAACUCAUGUUGCAAUAAUUCAGGUAUU